AUGGAGGGAACGUUUCUAGCGCCAAACUCGCGAGCGCGAGGCCAUCGAGCGUCGGCCUCGUCGGCCCUGCUUCAGGAAUUAGAACGCACGGCAGCCAAUGCAUCGUCUUCGAGCGGCGGACGAGGCUCGCUGGGCAUCUCGCGCGAAUUGAGCAAAUUGAUCAACAAGAAGACGCCCACGAUGACCAAGGAGCAGGUUCUGCGCAAGGUGAGGCAGGGCGGGAGCGGGCUGCGCGGGAAUGCUGAAGAAGGCGAGGAAGAGGAGGAAGAGGAGGAAUGUGUAGAAGGAUUGACGCUCUACGAAACCUACCGCGAACCCAUCGCGCCGCCAGAGGAUCCCAACCAUACCACCACGCUCCAAGUGCGCAUGCUCAACGUGGAGCUCACCUGCCCCAUCUGCCUGGGCAUCAUGCGCCAGACGAUGACGGUCAUGGAGUGCCUCCAUCGAUUCUGCGACGAAUGCAUCUCCAAGUGCCUACGAUGGGGCAAGAAGGAGUGUCCCACCUGCCGCGUCCACUGCUCGUCGCGUCGCCAUCUUCGACCCGAUCCCAACUUCGACGCCCUCAUCGCCACCGUCUACCCCAACCUCGACGAGUACGAGGCCCAGGAGCAGGAGUUCAUCGCCGACAUCAACAAGCGAAUGAAUCGCAAAUCGCUCACCGACAGCGUCGAGAAGGGCCUCAUGCGCCAGAUGGCCGCUUCACGCGGUCCUCGUGGCAAGCGCGACAAGGAACAGCUCGAGGCCAUGGAGACCCCCUCCACCACUCCUUCCUCCUCUUCCUCAUCUCGCAAAAGGAAGUCUACUGCUGCUUCUUCUUCAUCUUCGUCUGGGCUCUCUUCUUCAUCUUCUUCAACUACUGCUACUACUCGCGCCUCCAACAAGAACUCCAAGAGAUCAAAAUCGCAGGACACACGGCAGAGGAACGGCGGGCUGGAGCAACAGGACGCGAAGCAGCCGGAGAUGGCGGCCAUCAGCCUGGAGCUCGACGCCUCGGGCAUCCCGCUGACGCACUACCACAUCCCGCACAAGCGAGUUUCAUCAUCUUCCUCCUCCUCAUCUUCUUCUUCUUCAUCAUCAUCAUCAUCGGCCGCCGUGGCCUCGUUCCUGAGCCGAGUCAACACCCUCAUCAGCUUCCUCCUUUUGCCUCACCCCGACGACGAGCGGCUGUCGGCCGUCAACACUCGGGGAGGAGGCAAUGACGAGCUCGCUGGCGCUGGCGCUGCCGCCGCGACGCCGCCGCCGCCGCCGCCCAGCAAUCUGACCCUCCAGCGGCCCUACCUGCGCACGUCGCGCAAGGUGACGAUGGCGCAUAUCGCCGACUUCCUGGCCUCCAAGUUACCGCAGCUGCCGCUCAGCGCGCCCUCUUCGUUCGAUUUGCUCGUCCCGCCGCGCGCCUCGACCGCCAGCCGAGCCGAUUCGGCCACGACCGCGUCACAGCAACAGCAGCAGAGCAAGCAGCCGGAAACGCGCUUCACGAUCAGCAUCCUGCCGACCGUGGCCGCGGCGGCGGCAACGAUGACGACGUUGACGGCAAACGGCGAGCAGCAGGAGAUGAGCGACAAGGCCGUUGUGGAAGCGGCGCCGGAGCAUGUGGCGUUGGAGGACGCGCUGACAAUCGAUGCGGUGGCGUCGCGCUUCUGGGACGGCAAGGGCGAUCUCACCCUCUACUACCGCCUCGCCGCCUGA